GGUUAAUUUUAAUGUAAACAUCAUACCGGGCUGUGUUUUGGUUUUCCCCAAAUUGUGAAAUAAACGUAUAAUUUUCAUAGAAAAAUUAAAGAAUGGAGUGCGAAGGAUCAAAUGCAGUCUUCUCCACAACUCUACUGGAUCUGCCAGUUGAAGAUAUACUGGUGACACACAUUGCAAAGUACCUAAAUUGGUGGGAUUUAUUUGCAUUCCGACGGUGUUCACGGAGCUGCAAGGGAAUAGCUGAGAGGAUGCUGGCAGCUGGCCUGUGGGACCUCAAGAUCUACCAGUGGGCACACCCAAAAGCACCAUACAGGAUAAUAUUUGAGAACUGCACACGUUUGCGAAGGAUAUCCUUCUCCACACUCUACUGGCUCACAGAUGAAAGAUUUCGUGUUCUUCUGAGCAAUAAUCCCUUCCUCGAGGACGUGUGCCUUAUUGUCUGUGUUGUUCUCCGUUCUAAGGGAUUCCUCGCUUUGGCAGAACAUUCAGCCAACCUCCGACGACUCACACUGUCCCACUGCUACUUCAACGAUGACUUCCUAAGAGCUCUCAAUGAGAACAACAAUCAACUCUUGAAGGUGGAUUUUUCGUACAGUCAGAGAUUUUCCAGGGGUGGACUUCAGGAAUUCUUCAAGAAACAACCCCAUCUUGAGGAUAUCAACCUGAGAGGAGUGAGAUGCAAUAUCCGAUCAUCGCUCUCUGUUAUCAUGCGGAAUUGCCCGAAUUUACACACUUUGGACAUAAAAGGUUGCCGUGGAGUACACGAAGAUGAUGUAUUGGAGCUUGCAAAGAAAUGCCCAAAACUGCAUACAAUAAACAGGAGUUGCAGACUCUCCGAAGAGACGCUGAAGAGCUUGAAAAGUAAAGGAAUUGCAACUGAUUUCGUUUGCAGUGGCUCUAGUGAUGGAAGCACCGAUGAAGAUUCCUAGAAAACUGACGUAGUAUUUGUAACAAAUUAAUUGUUAAAUCAACAUAUUUUUUAUUAAAAGAUUUUUUUUUAAACAAAA